CUGAUGUGUCAUCAAUGUAAUUCAAAAACAUUUUAAACAAUCAUCGAUAUAAUUUUGCUAGGUUAUGUUCUUGUGCCAAGUAUAUCAUAAUAAAUAAAUUUAAAUAUGUUUGAAUUAACAGAUACACAAAAAAUCGGGGUUGGAUUGUCCACAUUUGGAAUAUUUUUUAUAUUUUUAGGUGUAUUACUUCUUUUGGAUAGGAGUUUAUUAGCAUUAGGAAAUAUUUUAUUUAUAUCAGGUUUGGUAGCUAUCAUAGGUCGACAAAGAACAUUCCUCUUUUUCUUUCAACGGCACAAAGCUAAAAGGUCAAUUGCCUUUUUUGGAGGAAUAAUAUUAGUAUUAUUAAAAUGGCCCCUGGUGGGGAUGUUACUAGAAUUGUAUGGAUUCUUUUUGUUAUUCAGUGAUUUUUUCCCAAUUGCCAUAAACUUUUUAAGGAGGAUACCCAUUUUGGGAACAAUCUUAAAUUUUCCAGGAAUUAGUAUGUUGGUGGACAAAAUAACAGGAGAUGCGAAUAGGACUAGAGUGUAAAUACAUUGUUGUUUUUGUUUCUUUUUGUCAAUAAAAUUAAUACUAAAAUUAUUCCUUUAGAGCUGACAAUCAAUGAGGAUGUGUCACCGUGUAAUAUGUGAAUAAAUAUAGUAAAAUGAGGUUGCACUAUCUAGUGUGUGAUAGGGUCUCCAAUAAUUGUGUAAUAAGAUCUAGCAUUAUGAAAAAUUAUAAAUAUAUAAUUGUAACAAUAAACUACUGAAAACUGUGUUUUCAAACUUCCAAAAAAUUUAUUUUAAACUCUUAUCACUACAGCUGUUUCGGCUGAUUGCCUUUCUCAAGUGAUCUAUUUUUAGCAUGCGUUUACAC